AUGAGGUGCUCUGGUUCCUUCGCUUGUCUGAUGGACCGGCUCCUCCGGGAGGCCGCAGGCAUCGGGAAGCUGGUGGGACCUGGAUCAGGUCUGGUGAGCUUCGAUCAGACUUGCUGCGACGUGCACUGCAGAUGCCCGUCCAGAGCUCGACGUUCGCCCUCUGAGGUCCGGCCCCGGCUGACGGGAGGGUCCCUGUGUGGGCAGCACGCUCCCGGGAGCCCUCCUGCAGCCGCCUGGGCCCUCUCACAGCGCCCGGGACCCGCCGCGGAAGCUUACCUCGGCCGGCACUGCCACCGCAGCCAGGCCCCCGCACCCUGCCGGCCGUCUUCACUGGGGCACCCAGGAACACAGACAGUCAUCAAACUGCACACAAAUAAAUGUAAAACAACUGUGGGUUUUGCUCUCAAGGAGAGCAGCAGCGUGGAUUCUGUGGGAGUCGGGGACGGGAUGCCUGGCCAGACGGGGGUCAGGAAAGGCUUCCCCAAGGUGGUGCUGGGCUCGCAGCUGGGAGAUGAGACUGUGAAAAGAGAGGACAAGAUCGUGCCCAGGGCAGAGGGGGCAACGGAUGCAGUGGACCCAGACCUGGCAGAGCUGCAGACUAUUGAAGCACUGCGUCUGGAGCUUGAUGGUGAGAAGCCAAGACAGGAGGAAGAGCCCGCGCUGCGCUUCCGGGGCCUCGGGUCAGCACGAGAGGGAGGGCACUCGCUCACAGGAAAGAGGCUGUGGCGUUUCUGGCGCAGAAACGGUGACCUCCGUGGGGCCAGUCUGACCACGGGACACACCGCUUUCCCAACCAGAGUUGACAGGGUGCGGGUACCUUUCUCACAGACAAGGACGAUGGUUUAUAGAGAAAAAUAUGAUUUUGAAACUCAAGCUCAGCGCCAGCGCUUUGAAGGAAUACGUCAGGUUUCAGAGAAUGCUGUCCGCUUUCCGAAGAGUGAAAAUCCUUUGUUCCUGGUCCAGGAAGCAGGGAAAAGCGUCCCUUUUGUGGAUGUGACGGUGUGCAGUGUUUCCUGGAGCCUCUGGCGUCUCCUGUCACACCUGUUACGAGCUGGCUUGCGUCUCCCCCCAGAUUCACGUGUCGAAACUCUGACCCCUGGUACCUCCGAAUGUGGCUGUACUUCGAAGACCUCUGAAGAGGCGGUUCGCUUAAAACGAGGGGUCAGGGGUGGCGCGCAUCCCGCCUGGCUUGGGGACGCAGAGGCGCGGAGGAGGACCAGCGAGGACGCAGUGAGAGGCGGCGUCCGCAAGCCCAGCGGACGGGGGCCUCGGGAGGAACCAGCCCUGCUGGCGCCUGAGCUUGGACUCCAGCCUCCGGAACCGAGAGACGCUACCCAGCGAGUCCUGAGUCAGGCGGGGUGGCCGCUGGCCGUUGUGACAACAGCUGGACCUUUCGGGCCGUGCGUCUCAACCCUGGCCGUGCACGAGAGGCCCCCGGGAGUGCCGUUCCGCUUUCAUGCGAGGACAGCUGCUUUACAACAUCGUGCUGGCUUCUGCCCUACCCGACAGGAAUCAGCCACAGGGGUGCACGUGGCCGCCGCCCGCCCCGCCCCAGCGCUCCGCGGUCACAGGGCGCCCACCCACCCGGGUCUGAGCGCCCCGCGCCGCACGGCACAUGCGCACCGGCUGUCUGUUUGCAACACGGUCAGCCGGGAGCUGCAGCCCCUGCGCCCACGAGCCCCCCAGCCCGAGCUCUGCCGCAAGAGGAGGCGCGCAGUGAGCAGCCUGACGCUGCACCUAGAGGGCCGCCGCUCACCGCAGCCAGAAAAAGCCCUCGCACGGCACCCUGGCCCUGCAGUAAUAGGGCGGGAAAAUACUGCCACGGAGCAUAAGAGCCCCAGUUGA